AUGUCCAAGAAGCAAGUUGUCAAAACCAGGACUAACAAGAAACUGGAUUUAGAGCGGAAACGGGACGAGAAGGCGGUGAGACGAGCCCUGGCCAAGGAGAGGAAGAACAGGGCCCAGGAGGGGACGGAGGACGAAGAGUUUGUGAGCUUUGCCAACCAGCUACUGGCCAUGGGACUCAAACUCCGGGAGGUCCCCGGCGAUGGGAAUUGCCUGUUUCGUGCUCUUGGAGAUCAGCUGGAAGGUCAUUCCCGAAACCAUCUUAAACACCGGAGGGAAACAGUAGACUUCAUGAUCAAACAUCGGCAAGAUUUUGAACCGUUUGUAGAGGAUGAUGUCCCUUUUGAUCGAUAUGUUGCAAAUCUGGAAAAACCGGGCACGUUUGUUGGCAAUGAUGCAAUAGUCGCCUUUGCAAGGAACAACCAAGUGAAUAUUGUGAUCCACCAGCUUAAUGCCCCACUUUGGCAGGUUUUUGGAACCCGCAAGAGCAAUGCUGUGGAGUUGCAUAUUGCCUACAGAUAUGGGGAGCACUAUGACAGUGUGCGCAUGCUCAAUGAUAAUUCAGAAGCACCUGCGAACCUAAAGACAGAGAUGCUCAUUAAAGAUGAUUCAAAGAAAAAAGAUCGAAACAAAAUGUGUCACUACCAGAUGGAAGACAUACGGGAUUUUGAAAGUGAAAUGACCAAGACUGAUUUGGAUGAUGCAGUUCAGAAAGUACGCAACGCAACAGGGUGUAUGGAUACUGAUAUGAUUGUUCAAAAUCUGGAAGCUGAAAACUACAACAUAAGAUCUGUAAUAUUUGCCAUUUUGCAGAUGGAAGAACUGAAGAAUAGCAAUAGUGAUGAAGAGUCCAACAAAACCAGUUCUAAUUGCAGUCCUCAGCACAUGUCACCUCUCUGGAUGGAGAAUGGAACUGGUAACAGGAUUUUUGGAAAUCAAACUGUCAACAGUGAAGAAAUUGAAAACAACAGGAGGCUGAAUGAAAAGGAAGAAAACAAAAGGACCAAAAAUAAGGUGUGUAAGGUGACAAAUAAGCAGCGAAAAGAACAGCAAAGGUUAGAAAAGAAGAAACGACAGGAAGAAAGACAUCGACAGAAGGUCAUAGAUAGCAGGAGCAAUAAUAUGGAAGACAAUGGGACCAAUAGGGACAUUCAAGCACCCGUUACCCUGGUCAAAACAUUCACAACUUUAAAUAUUUGAUCCAUGGACAGCAGCUCCCUUUACCAGCUGGCAAUCACCUGACGUUGAAUGGGUUACAUAAGUCUCCUGGGUGGGGUAUAACAUCAUGGGAGAUUGAGAGGUUUUCUGAUGCUGCUUUAGAUUAAGAAAAUAUUUGAUUCAAAACUUUUGAAGAACUUGUUUUUCUUUGCAAACCCGCAGGUAGACAAACUGGAAGAAAAAGUCUAAAGGUGAAAGCAGUGGAUUACUUAUAUUUUACAAAUGCAAUAAAUCUUCAGAUGGUAAUAAGUGAGAAUUAAAAUGAGCAAUGUGAAAUGUAUGUGCAGAUGAAUUUUAGCAGUAAAUGGAUUCAAAGUCAAGAAAUCUCUUUAAUAACUGUGCAAGCAUGGGUUAGAGAGAUUGACUGUAACAUUUUUAAAAAUCACAUACUUCUUACACCGCAUUAAUACUCAUUAUUGGAGGUGAAAUGUGAGGCCCUUUCUUUAUAAUGUGUAUUUACACAGCUCCCAAAGGAAACUAUAACAGAGAAUGUCUUUUGCACAUGAACGUUUCUGAACGCUUCAUUGAUACAGUGUUCAGGAGUGCUCACCUGCUGGUAUCUGUUUGGGUACAGCCAUAAACAUUUAAAAAAGUGAAGCUUUUUUUUUAAUCCUUUCCAUGACUUGAAUUAUUUUUUUAAGUGAAGGGUACAAAUAUGCUGCUAACCACCAAAAAUGAAAGAUGCUUUCCAUACAGACUGUGCUAAGAACUGUGUGUGAAUCAGCUUAGCGGCUGUUAAACCAGUAAUGUGGCAAAUGGAAGAAUUGCAACUUCUGACUGGCACCAGAAGUCUUGCUCGUCAAUGCUUUGUCAGAUAUAUUUUGGUUGAACACUCCCAGAGGUGACUUAAGUUAAAAUAAACUCCUGAAUUUGUUUGUUGAAUUUCUACCUCUUGAGAUUUUUCCUUGCUUGGAAGUAAGGAACCGUUUGAUUGUGGAAGGUGGUUAAGAAUAGCCAUUGAGUGUUUGAAACAGUAACUCCAAUGGACAACAAAGUUAGACAGCUGGCUAUUGUAUGAUUGCUUGUGUUUACUAUAUUUUUGCUCUGUAUUUAAAUUAAUAAUAAAUAUGUGAUCACCUCA